CACCUGAAUAAAAGGGAAUAAAAAGUGGAACCGCGGGGGCAUAAAAUGGACCGCGGUUAACUUUUGUUCGCCCCUUCGGCCCUCCUCCUCCCAUUCAGAGCUUUCCACAGCGCCACCUUUCCAACUCCACUCCUCAGACAAAUAGAGAUAGCCAGCUAAGGCAAAGCAGAAAUGGGGUUGACCUUCACCAAGCUCUUCAGCAAGCUUUUUGCUAAGAAAGAGAUGCGCAUUUUGAUGGUUGGUCUUGAUGCUGCUGGUAAGACCACGAUAUUGUACAAGCUCAAGCUCGGAGAAAUUGUCACGACCAUUCCUACAAUCGGAUUUAAUGUGGAGACUGUGGAAUAUAAGAACAUCAGCUUCACAGUAUGGGAUGUUGGUGGUCAGGACAAAAUUCGUCCGCUGUGGAGGCAUUACUUCCAAAACACACAGGGUCUUAUAUUUGUUGUGGAUAGUAAUGACAGGGAUCGUGUUGUUGAAGCAAGAGAUGAGUUGCACAGAAUGUUGAAUGAGGAUGAACUGAGAGAUGCUGUGUUGCUCGUAUUUGCCAACAAGCAAGAUCUUCCUAAUGCGAUGAAUGCUGCAGAAAUUACCGACAAGCUUGGUCUUCAUUCACUCCGUCAACGACACUGGUACAUCCAGAGCACGUGUGCAACAUCUGGAGAGGGUCUAUACGAGGGUUUAGACUGGCUUUCCAACAAUAUUGCUAGCAAGGCAUGAAGCGGUUGAGGCUCUUGAAUGUCAGACUGAGCUGUGGGUGAAGUUUGGCGAUGAUAGGGGUAUGGUUCACUUUUCUCAAGAAGUGUCAUUAGCAGCAGAACAGUUUGAAACUUCUAUAUGUAUUUUCUAUUUGUAUACUUGUGACUUGAUCUAAAAUGAUCAAAACCAUGUUAUAGUUUCUCUGAGAAGUCAACCUUGUUAUAAUUUUCUUUGUGAUCAUAUUAUUUUGCCUUUUGAGA